UCAACCGCAUGCGCACAAACGUUUCAACCGAUUUUGCCCUCUAGAUAUAGCAUUUCUAGCACCUCUCCAGAAACUCGGGCAUGUGCAAAUCCUAGACCAUCGUGCGACUAGCAAAGUGCAGGCACCGCCAGCCCGGCCUCUACUCCUGGCUUCUGCUGAUAUGAGCGGGGAAGGGAACAACUCCAGCUUCGGCACCGCUAGACCCCAACCUCCGACCCCAAGACAGACACCCACCUCGGCAGUGUUCCCAACAUCAGUCUUCGAAACUCCAAAGGACGACCGGAAUCAGCUGGACGACACAACGACCUGGACGCCGAAGUUUGCCGAAGAAUACUCAGUAUUUAACACGACCCCAGGCAACCUUCGUGGAGGGCACGGCCAGUUCUCCGACUUCGCCGCGCCGAGUCCUUACCUGGGAUCGGCACCAAAAAGAAGACCUCUUUCUGUCGCGAGUGUUGCGGCUGAGGUGGCAUCUCACACGAACCACUUCUCCCACAGCCAAGAUAUACCUUUACCGCCGGUCGAUCCGUCUCAACGUCUGUCGUCCUCGCCAGCAGGACUGAUCACGAAUUCCAGGAUCGCCGAGCCCGAAACUCCUACCGGCCUUGCGCAUCGGGCGAAAAGAAGGGAUCAGCGAAGAGGUUCGCAGGGAGUGGUCAACAUCCAGAUCGCCACGCCACCACCCUCUACCCAUAAAGGGGGGCGGAGGCUUGCGCCAAAGCCUCAAGACGAAGUCAUGCAGGAUGAGCAACUCUAUGCCCAGGACUAUGUCGCCGGCCCGGUGCCUCAGCAGAACAUGGGCUCGUUCACAUUGGCCUCUCCGACAGACAUGUUUGGGUUUACGCUAGCGCCUGCCACCGCUCCAGCUUUCACCGAGGCACGGUCUUUCUGGGAUACAGACAUGACAGGCAUGGAGAUGGACUUUUCGAUGGCCGACGCCAGCAUGUUCCAGGCUGCAGCCGCCGGCGGGCAUCGACCUGGGGACUCGAUGGAUUGGGGCAGGUCGAACGACUUAUUUCACGCUCAGAGCAUGAUCGCUCCGCAAAACCAGGAACUCAACAAGGUCAUGCAACAAAAUGGAAAGAAGGAACGACCAUUAGCACCAAAGCCCGUCGCAAAUGACAUCGGGCACAAUGCGAACGACGUUUCCGGGCUUGCCAACUCCUUUCCCAUGGGCAUGGAUGACCCUUUUGCGCUCGGCGGUGCUAGUGGUGUUGACCCUGGUCUUCUUUUCACAAGGCCCAGUUCGUCAGGCAUGAUUCCGGCGACGUAUGAUCCUAUGGGACAGAUGACUCUGUUAGGGGAUACCAUACUGCCCGGGGAUAAUUCGCAACAUAUGUUUCCGACCCAAGUCCAAGGAGAGCUUCGCCGAUCAGCUAGCAGUAAAGAGGUCAGCUCGAAAAAGGGCGAUCGCAUAAUAAGCAGCUCACCGGCCAAGGCCCUUGGCCGACCUGGAUUAUCUCGUAGCAUGAGCGAAAACCGUGGUCGAAAGACACUGGCUAGGUCGGCGACACUGCCAACCCUUGCCCCAGCUGCCCGGUCAAUGGCGCCUCCGCCGCAGCAGCCACCACAGAAGAGCAAUCGCCCUUCUGCUCCUACCUCGCGAACGGGCGGCAGGAUUUCACCAUUGAAGCAUAACCGGCGACUAUCAAGCCUUGCGUCUAUUCCAGAGUCUGCAAGCCCGCGCACGAGAACAUCGGUAAAGUUCACUAUAGACUCGCGGGGCAGGGCCCGUGCGGAAACCACCACCAUCGUUGUAGGCAAAGGCGAAGACAGCGACCGCACUCCGCGAGCGGCACGUGUACGCGACUCCUCUAGGAAGAAUCGCAGCCCGACUAAAAGCUGGGCAUCCGGUGAAGAUGAUUCGUCAUCUGACGACGAGCCCAUCAUUAUACCGAGCCGUAACUCCUCAUUCAUGAUGCCCGAACACCCCAGGCCGUCAUCAUCGUCAAACACGUUUCAGUCGUCACGCCGUAGCAUCAGCGAGAACAGUGCCAGUAGCCUGGGCAUAUAUUUCAACGAGCAACAACAACAACAACAACAGGAGGGUGGAGAGAGUGAUGCGGAGACUGUUCUCAAUGUUCCCGACAGUGGUCGACCUGUGGGCGACGCGGCCAGCGAAUUGAGGAAGGUUGUCCAGACUCGCCAGAAGCAUAUGGCCGUUGACACCAGUCGCUCUUUCAUCUCAGCUCCGCCUCAUGCUGUCGACGCUAUUUCACCCACAAAAUUUGGCGAUGUCAGCCUUCCUACACCUUCAAGUGAUAGAGGAAGUCACGUCCGAUGUGUUUGCAGUUCGACCCAGUCUCGGAUUAAUGGAGAUGCUUACAUGGUCCAAUGUGAAUCAUGCGAGAUGUACCUGCACGGAAAGUGCAUCAAUAUUACGAGGCAGACACAUCCCAAAGUGUACAUCUGCGCGUUCUGCGCCAACACGUCCAAUGUACAAAGACAGGGCGGGCGAGAUGCUCGCUCGGGAAGGAGUGGCAACACGAUGCCGAGAGCCGCAUCAUCACCACUGGCGCACAAGAGCUUCAAAUCAUUUAGGUAACGGCUGUGGCAAGGUCAUUGGGGCAUGAUGGGGAUACACUGAGCAUUCUUG